GCGGGCCUGAGGGAGAGGAGCGGCGCUGGUCUGGACCGUUCAGUAAAACCGUUCAAAAUGUCCGCGGGCGAUCGCGGUGAUUGGCUGCCCCCGCGCGCGCCAGGCAGCCCGGCCAUCCGUACGGUGGAGAUGCACGCAGGAGGGGAGCCGCUCCGGGUGGUGGUGCCGGGCGGGCUGGGACUGCUGGAGCCCGGGCCUGAGCUGUCUCUCCUGAGUCGGCGUCGCCGCUUGCUGGACUCCUCGGAGCUGGACGCUGUCAGGCGGCUGUUGAUGCACGAACCCCGCGGACACCGCGACAUGUACGGCGCCCUGGUGGUGCCCAGCGAGCUGCCCGGAGCCGCCCUCGGAGCCCUUUUCAUGCACAACGAAGGCGCGAGCUCCAUGUGCGGCCACGCCGUCCUUUGCCUGGGCCGCUUCGCCCUCGACUACGGCCUCUGCCAGCCCCCGCCUUCCCCCGGCGAGACCGCCGUCACCAUUCACUGCCCCUGCGGGCCCGUCACGGCUUUUGCGUCCUGGGACGGGCAGCGCAGUGGAAGCCGCGUUCGUUUCCACAGCGUGCCUGCCUUCGCCGCGGCUACCGAUAUAACUAUUGAUGUUCCUGGCUAUGGAAAAGUCGUCCUUGAUGUUGGCUAUGGGGGUGCUUUCUAUGCAUUUCUUAGUGCUGAACAAUUAGGCCUUGAUGUAUGUUCCUCAAAAAUUAGGGAUCUUGUAGAUGCAGCAUCCGCAGUAACAGAAGCUGUAAAGGCUCAGUUCAAAGUUCACCAUCCUCUUAUUGAAGAGAUGGCUUUCAUUUAUGGAACUAUACUGACAGAUGGAAAAGAUGAAUUUAGUGAUGAACCUACAAGUAAUAUAUGUGUAUUUGCAGAUGCACAGGUUGAUCGAAGUCCUACAGGAUCAGGUGUGACUGCUCGCAUUGCCUUACAACACCAUAAAGGAUUAAUUCAGCUGAACCAGACCAGGACCUUCAGAAGCAGUUCAACUAGUUCCUUGUUCACUGGAAAAGCAAUAAAGGAAACAAAAUGUGGUGAACACAAUGCUGUUAUAGUAGAAGUCUCAGGAGAAUCUUUUUAUACCGGAACAUCAACUUUCACUCUUGAAGAAAAUGAUCCAUUGAAAUAUGGUUUCUUUCUCAAGUAAUUGCUUCCUUAAUAACUCUGAUGAAAAAGAUGCAUCUUUGUUUAGUUUUGAUUAUGGUAUUGACCUUCAUUAUUGAUAAUUGAUAUAAAUAAUGAUAAAGGACAUAGUGUAGCCAAAGUUAAGCAUUUUCACAUCUAUUAUAAAAUCUUUGGUUGGCCAAUAGGAACAUGAUGGCAGGGUAGUAAGUCAUAAAUAUUUUUUCUUGGCAUCAGAAAAGCCUUGUAGGGGACAAAUGCAGUAGGAAAUUAGAAUACUUUAUGAUGAUUAUUAAUAAACUUGUGAUAACAAAAUGCUGUAAGUAACAAUUAGCUAGAAUUGCAUUAGUAGUUAGGUAUUUAAAAACAGCUUUCAAAGAAGUUAAUCAAAGAUUUCAGAGAAUAACCUUUUUUUGUUGUCAAUUGAAAUGUGGGAAUUUUCUUGCUAGACUUUGUGUAUGUGGGGGGAAGGAUACCUAUUUGAAUACAGCAUGGAUAUCAAUUCCAAAAGGUUAUAUUUUUAGAAAAAUGAAAGAGUCUUAAAGGCCUUUACUAGGAAUAUAACUUAUUAAUUUCACUGAUUCAGUGCUGAGUAACUGCAAAAUUAAAGUUUGUUCCCCCCAUGUUGUUUAUGAAACAAGUUUUUUAUUCUGAUUUUGACCUUUUCUUACAUAGUUGUACCACAUUCCACAUUAAAUAGGCAAAAUAAUCACCUUCUUAAAAUUAAUUGAGUAUACUGUAAAGAUUGAUGGCCAGCACAUGGAUUUAUUAAAUGAAAUGCAAAUAAAAAGAUA